GUUUUUUUUCUGUUUUUCUGUUUUUUUUUUUCUGUUUUAGAUAUCUAUUGUCUAUGUUCGUCUCAUCUGCUUAAAGAUCUGGUAACAUCCCUUCAGAACCAGGUCACCCGUUGUCCGAAGUCUAGGGUAGCGUCCCUAAAGGUGUCCUGCGAUGGACCAUUACAUAAUCCAUCGAUUAACAUGAAAUAUCUUCACGCACGAUGCCCUUACAAAAAAGAACGAAAACCAAAUAUCUAAUCUAACAAUGCGUAACAAACCCCAUGCACCACCAGGAAACUUGAUCAUCGCAGCCAGUUGAUAACCAUUAUUUCUCUUUUUCUCGAACCUUACGUGUUUUCUUGUUUAAUCUGGUAUAAUUCUACUCCUCUUUAGCCAUAUCCAUAUAUAAGUUGGGCGUUUUCAUCUUUGAAGAAGAAAAAAAAGAAAAAGAAGAACGCUUAAGUAUACGGGAUGACUGUUAAAAAUAGUCCGGAUAGCCGUUUAGGGAUAAAACAACCAAACAUCAAAGAGGUCACUGGGACCAUUGUUAUGUUAGAUGACCCAGAGGAAACCAAGUCCAAUGCUGCAUCCUCUGUUAAUACGUCCAACCAUGAUUCACUUAGUUUGAAAAGAACUAACACUGGGAUAAUUCUUCAUCCUCAGCCUCAUGAUGAUCAAAAUGAUCCAUUAACUUGGCCAACUUUACGAAAAGAUAUCUGUUUUGCUGUUAUUGGUUUACAAACUUUCCUCGGUGGUGGUCAAACCCCAGUUUUAGCCGCUGGAUUAUCUCAGUUAUCAAAAGAAUUCGAUAAACCUUUACAUACCGUUACUUAUUUGGUCGGGGGGUUUAUGUUGGCUUUAGGAGUCGGUUCAGUUUUUGCAAGUCCAACUGCUAUCUUAUACGGUAAAAGAUUUGUUUAUCUUUUGGGGAUUGUAUUAUUUUUAGCGGGUUCCUUAUGGGGGUCAUUUCUGAAAACUUUUGGUAGUUUAAUGGGCGCUCGUAUAAUUAUGGGAUUUGGUGCUUCUCCUACAGAAUCUUUAGCUUCUGCAAGUUUAUCGGAGCUUUAUUUCCAACAUGAACGUGCUUAUAGAACUGGUAUUUAUACAAUGUUACUACUUGGUGGUAAAAAUAUCGUUCCUUUAUUAUCGGGUCUUGUUUUCCAAUAUUUAGAUCGUCAUUGGCUUUUUUGGAUCUUAUCAAUCUUUCUUGGAUUCACCUUAAUUUGUACCUUUUUAUUUGUUCCCGAAACUUUUUGGGAUCGUACUCCAACUCCAAACAAAAGAUCAAUCGAAGAAUCUAAAGCCGCUAGAGCAGUUCGUAAUUAUCAUCCUCCAAGUGAAAGACCAAAUGCUUGGGCCUUACCUAAUAGUAGUUUUUAUAAUGCAUCUUUGGAUUCUGAUGUCGAAAGUCUUCCCUCAUCAAUUCAUCCCGAUACCCAAUCAAAUGAUGCUCCAAUUGGUAUAACAAAAAAUACCCAUCAUCACCACCAUCACGGUGAUGGUGACCAAAAUGAUGAUACCGCCUCAAUUCAAUCAACUCCAAAAUCAUUUGUACAAAGACUCUCAGUUUUUUCCGGUCGUCAUACAAAAGAUAGUUGGUGGAUGGUUGCUUUACGUCCCUUUUUCCUUUAUUCUUACCCAGCGGUUUUGUUUGGAUCUUUCAUUUACUCAUUUUCGGUGGUAUGGUUAAUCGUGAUUUCAGAAGCAAUCGCUUCCAUCUUUGAAGCUCCUGGUUAUAAUUACUCCAAUCAAACAGUGGGGUUGUUUUAUAUUGGUCCUUUCAUCGGUGGGAUUCUAGGCUCUCUUUCAGCUGGGAUUCUCGGUGAUAGAUUAACUAGAUUUGUUGUAAGUAAAAAUCAUGGUGUUUAUGAACCAGAAUUUCGUUUAUUAAUGUUAAUCCCUGCUACUUUUUUCAUCACUUUUGGACUAAUGGGAUUUGGUUGGUCAACUAAAGUUAAAGAUGCUUGGAUUGGUCCUAUCAUUUUCUUCUCCUGUGUUUCAUUUGGUAGUUCCAUAGCAAGUACUACAAGUAUUAGUUUCACCGUUGACACCUAUAAAAUGUUUGCUGCUGAGCUGUUGGUGUCUUUCAAUUUUAUGAAAAAUUUGAUGGGGUUUGUCUUUUCUUUAUUCAAUACUCAGUUUAUCGAUUCAACCAAUACUAGAACUACUUAUCUCGUUUAUGGUGCAAUCCAAAUUUUCUUAAGUAGUUUUGGUAUCCUCAUCUAUAUUUAUGGUAAAAAGAUUCGUGCUUGGACUGAUGAAAAGGAAAUCUUGAAAACUCUUUACCAUGUUGAUAAUAUUCCUCCUAGUAUCCACGAAAAACAAAGUUUAAAUAAUGAAAAUUCAAAUGAUAAUUCAAUUGAUGAUUCAAAUGAUGAUUCUGACCAUAAAGUUGAUGAACGCGAUGAAAGUGCUUCCCCUAAAUAA